AUGUCGGCCAACCGCGAGCAUCGCAUUGCCAGCGCCGUUGACAGCCUAAUCGCACACCUGAUACCCAACGAUCCCCACGAAGACGACUCUGCCGCCCAAGAGCGACACGACAACUGCUUUGAGUUGGUUAAGUCAGUCUUGGAAGCCCCCGCGUCCCCCGCUAUCUCCUCGGACGUCAACCAUGCCUCAGAUCUGAUAAAGAGGAAGCUCAUACAGAGCAACCCGACACAAGCGCUGCGCUUCUCAAACCUCUACACACGCCUUCUAUCUCUACCUGUGCUGGGCCAGAAAUGGGCCAUCCUGUACCUCCUUUACCAGCUCGCCGACUCGCCAGACCCCAACGAACCACUACCUCUGCCUCCGCCAAACCCCCCUUCGCAAACGCAGCGCGAUCCAUCUAGGAAACACGAGAGAGAACAAUCCUCCAAAAACUCCACGCCGAUUUCAAGACAAGAAGAAGAGCAGUUCAACGACGCUUUUGCGCCCGAGGGACUGAAGAAGCUCCCACCGAAACAUCCCAAGAACAAGUCGGUCGAUGAAAGAGAUAAGGACAAGGAAAAUGAAAAGGAGCUGGAGGAGUCUGACGCGAAAAAGCGACAGGUUGCUUUGAAGUCGACGCUGCUGGCCGACAAUUACACCGAGAUCGAGCCCUCCGAGACAGUUCUCUUGCGGGACCUUCCCUUCACUUUGCAGGGAUUGUCAUCGACAACGUUGCCCUUCUCGAAACCAGACACUGUCACAUUGCCUCCGACAUUACCAUCGCCGAUCAUUUCGCUCCUGCAUACAGUAUCUGAGCCCUCCUUACUGUAUCGGAACCUCGACGUCUUCGUCAAAUCCCCUGCGCAAGGUUUGCUGAGGCAAAGUAUCCGAGCUGCAAUAGGUGGAGAGCUACGGUCAUACCUCAGUUUGGUCGCGAGUCUUGAAGGCCAGAUUCGAAGGGCGCUGUCUUCGCUAGAUGAAUCUGCUCCAAGAGGUGGCAUUGGAAAGGCAGGUGUAACCUUGAAAAGAUGUGUGGUAUGGACACGGGAGGCUACAAUGGGCUUAAGACUCAUGAGUCUCAUCGCCGAAGAGUCGGAGAGCAAACGAGGCGGCCAGCUCAUUUCUCUCAUCCACGGGUUUUCAUCGUCUCAUGGUGAUCCCAUGGUAGCAGCGUUUGCUGAACGGCUGCUUGUCCAUGUCACUCGCCCAUUUUACGACAUCCUGCGUAGGUGGAUCUAUGAUGGUGAGCUUCUCGACCCUUUCUGUGAGUUCUUUGUAAAGGAACAGAAGCAGACGGAUGAGCCCAAGACAGGCGGUAGCAGUGUUUGGGAAGACAAGUAUGAGAUCGACAAGGACAUGGUUCCUAGUAUCAUCACGCAGGACUUUGCCCAAAAGGUCUUCCUCAUUGGCAAGUCUCUUAACUUCAUCAGACACAGCUGCGGUGAUUCACAAUGGGUUGAGGACUACUCCAAGGCGGCUUCAAAGGAAUUGCGUUACGGUGAUACUGCCACGCUUGAGGCUUGGAUUGAUGAGGCGUACAAGACGACGAUGAAGCGUCUCAUCGACCUCAUGGCGAACAAAUUCCACCUCUUUGAACAUCUUCAGGCCCUGAAGAAUUAUAUCCUUCUCGGACAAGGGGAUUUCAUCGCUCUUCUUAUGGAAUCUCUCGCCGCGAACCUCGACCGUCCUGCUGGUGCACAAUACCGACAUACCCUUACAGCGCAGCUCGAGCAUGCCAUCCGCGGCUCCAACGCGCAGUACGACUCUCCUGAGGUUCUUCGUCGUCUCGACGCUCGCAUGCUUCAGCUAUCGCACGGCGACAUUGGAUGGGACUGCUUCACGCUAGAAUACAAAGUUGAUGCUCCAGUGGAUGUCGUGGUUACGGACUGGGGCAACCGACAAUACCUCAAAGUCUUCAACUUUCUGUGGCGCAUUAAGCGUGUCGAGUUUGCCCUGGCCUCGACUUGGCGCAAGUGUAUGACAGGUUCGCGUGGGGUGCUCCAGAACUCUGACCCAGUCGUCGUACAAACCUGGAAGUCAACCCGUGGAAUCCUUGCGGAGAUGAUUCACUUUAUCGGCCAACUCCAAUACUACAUCCUGUUUGAGGUCAUCGAGUCAUCAUGGAACGAACUCCAGAAGCGCGUUCAUCGCGAAGGAUGCACGCUAGACGAUCUCAUCAAGGCUCAUACUCGCUACCUCAAUGACAUCACCCACAAAGGCCUCCUUGGCGCGCGGCGCAGCCGUCACGCCGACAUGGCGACGGGCGAAGAUGAUCGGACAUCUUACCUUUCUCAACUCGGCGACCUUUUGCGCGCCAUGCUAAGUUACCGCGACUCUGUUGACGGCCUCUACAGCUGGAGCGUCUCAGACUUCACGCGUCGGCAGGAGGCCGACGUCAUGCGCAUGUCGGCCCGCAGCGCCCGUCACCAGAAGAAGCCGUCGGAGCCGGGCGUGGACGGCGAGGACGAGAACCCGGCCGUUGCGUCAGAAUUUCCCGUCCUCCAAGACCGUCUGCGGCAGCUUGGCGCCACGUUCCGUUCCCGCCUCCAGAUCCUAUUAGGCGAUCUAGCGUAUCAGCCUGACGUGGACAUGCGUUUCCUCGGUGUUGCCAUGAACUUCAAUGACGUAUACCAACCCUCGAGGAGGAAGACCAAGACGACCUCGACGGCCUCGGCGAAUACUUCCAGAGUGUGA